CAUCUUCGUUAUCUAAAUUUCUACAAGUAGAUCGAACAAGCCAUAAUCCAAAAUCACCAAAUUUAGAAAAUAAAAAUGGAAGUGCAAUACUCUUGUACUAUUGUCUCUAAAGUUCUAUUAUUUCCAUUUUUAUUUUUACUUGUCAUUUCCAAUGUCCAUGUUAGUGCAUCAACUUCAGUCAUAGACAAUUUCCUUAAAUGUGUUCCAACUCGUUCAACUACUUCACAUCCAAUCUCUAAUGCAAUCUACACUCCUAGUAACUCUUCUUUCUUAAACGUACUUCAAAACUACGUACGAGAUAGUAGAUUUAACACAUCUUUAACCCCAAAACCUCUAGCCAUUGUAACAGCCUUGGACGUAUCCCAUGUCCAAGUUACCGUGAUAUGUGCGAAAACAAAUGGCGUACAAAUUAGGAUCAGAAGUGGUGGGCAUGAUUUCGAAGGCCUAUCAUACAUCUCGAAUGAUCCAUUUAUCAUCCUCGACAUGUUUAAUCUUCGAUCCAUCGAUAUCGAUAUACCAAAUGAGAUUGCUUCUAUUCAGGCUGGGGCAACUCUUGGUGAACUUUAUUAUAAGAUUGCACAAAAGAGUAAUAUCCAUGCCUUCCCUGCUGGAGUAUGCUUUACUCUCGGCGCCGGAGGCCACUUUAGUGGAGGUGGAUAUGGGAAUAUGUUACGACAAUAUGGCUUAUCAAUUGAUAAUAUUAUUGAUGCACAAGUAGUUGAUGCAAAUGGUAGAAUUCUCAAUCGUAAAAGUAUGGGUGAAGAUCUUUUUUGGGCUAUUAGAGGUGGUGGUGGUGCUAGUUUUUGUGUCAUCUUAUCUUGGAAAAUUAAACUAGUACGUGUCCCGGACAUUGUUACAGUUUUUAAUGUUCAAAAGACACUAGAAGAAGGUGCUACAAAUAUAGUCCUACAAUGGCAAAAAAUAGCUACUACAAUAGAUAGAAAGCUCUUUAUUAGAGUGCAACCACAAGUUAUUCAACAAGGAGGAAAGAAGACAGUUCAAGUUUCAUUCAUUGGGCAAUAUCUAGGACGUGCUAAUACACUUCUUACAUUGAUGAAAAAAAGCUUUCCACUUUUAAGUUUACAAGCACAAGAUUGCUCCGAGAUGCCAUGGAUCGAAACAACUUUAUUUUGGUAUGGUAACCCAAAGGGUACUCCAAUUGAGGUGUUAUUGCAGAGGACACCAACAUCAUCACAUUCCUAUGGAAAACACAAGUCCGAUUUCGUUAAAAAGCCGAUCCCAAGGGAAGGGUUGGAGAUGAUAUGGAGGAAGAUGAUUGAAGCGCAGAUAUUAGACAACAUUUUGUUGUUGCAAUGGAAUCCUUAUGGUGGAAGGAUGAACGAAAUCGAAGCGAAUGCAACAGCAUUCCCUCAUCGAGCAGGGAACUUAUUUAAGAUUCAAUACAUUACACUUUGGCAAGAUGAUAGUGCUGAGACUACAAGUAAGAAUCUCGAAGCGACUCGAAAACUUUAUGAUGCAUUCACUCCUUAUGUGUCUAAGAAUCCAAGACAAGCAUUCUUGAAUUAUAGGGAUAUUGAUAUUGGGACGAAUGAGCAGGGGAGCCUAGUUUUUGCUUCUGAUUUUUUUAUGGGUAAUGUCAAGAGAUUAUUGCAAGUAAAGGCUAAUGUUGAUCCUACCAAUUUCUUUAGGUAUGAACAAAGUAUACCUGUUCUUCCUAAAGACAAGAAAGUUGACAUUCAAGAAAAGGGUGUUGUUAUGAAUGGAUUGAGAAAAUCCUCUUACUGAGUUUAUGUUGCUUGAUUCAUGUAAGCUUUGUAUAAUAACUUUGUGUGCGACAGUUGUGCAUAUAAAAAAAAGUAUCUGUGUGGGUGCAAUUUGAAAAUCUAUAAGAAAAACUUCAAGAAUAAUACAGAAAUCAUAUCGAAGCUAAUGAUAAAUUUCAUUAGAUGUUUGAAUUU